AAAGGUAAAAACUACACUGUAGCCGUUCGGGCUGAGGGAAAAUAAUCCGCUAGUAUUAGCUCUGUGGUUAUUUUUGCUGAUGAACUGAAACCCGCCUCCAAACAAAGCUUGUCUCCACUGAGAGGCUCUCAUGGAGACCAUCAAGAAAAGGGAUAAUGGAAAAGAAAACACCGGGGGCCCUGAAGGGGAGAUGACGAAGGAGGAUGUUUCAGAGCCUGCUGAAGGAGAUGCUGUCCUGGGCUGCUUCACAAGAAAUGCUCCCCACCAGCGGGCAGUUAUCCACCAGGUGGCUUCUGCACCAAUGCCCAGUGACUGUGAGUUUUCCUUUUUUGACCCGUCUGAGCCGCAGUGCAGAGAAAUUCUUCAGGAUCCCAACACCACCAUACCUGAGCUGUUUGCUGUCCUCAGGCAAUGGGUACCUCAGGUUCAGAAAAACAUUGACGUCAUUGGCAUUGAGAUCCUGAAGAGAGGUUGUGGUGUGAAUGACCGAGAUGGAUUGACUGAUAUGAGCCUUCUGCACUACUGUUGUAAGGCUGGGGCUCCUGGAAUUGGUGAUGCAGAAACGGCAGCUAGUUUCGCCCGUCAGCUCCUUGCUUUGGGUGCUGAUCCCAACCUUCGUUCACGCUGGACCAACAUGAGGGCGCUGCAUUACGCUGCCUACUUUGACGUUCCCCAGCUGGUUGGUGUGGUGCUGCAGGCCUCUCAGCCUGGAGAGGUUGAUGCCACCUGCAGUGACUUUGAGUUUGGCACAGCUCUGCACAUUGCUGCAUCCAACUUGUGCACAUCUGCUGUCAAACGUCUCCUGGAGUUGGGAGCUAAUCCAGCUUUCAGGAAUGACAAAGGGCAGUGUCCAGCAGAUGUUGUACCUGAUCCACUGGAUAUGCCCCUGGAGAUGGCAGAUGCUGCCGCCAUGGCCAAAGAGCUCCGGACUCUGCUGAGGCAGGCUUUACCGAGACCCAGCUCCCCUUUGCCCCUCACACUGCAAGGCCAGGUCAUCCCUGCUGUCUCUGAUAAGGCCAGGCUGCAGCUCGCAUCCAUGGGAAUCCGACUCGGGGAUCGUGUGGUGAUUGCUGGACAGAAGGUUGGGACGUUGCGGUUCUGCGGCAGCACAGAGUUCUCUGGAGGCCUGUGGGCCGGAGUGGAGCUAGAUAAACCAGAGGGGAAGAAUGAUGGCUGCGUAGCAGGGGUUCAGUAUUUUACCUGUCGACUCAAACACGGAAUUUUUGCUCCCCUGUCCAAGAUAAGUAAACCCUUGGAAAAACAUAAAUCGAGCUCUACAAAGCCUCCUCUGCGCCCUCCUCGUCGCAUCGACGUGUCCCGCAUUACUUCCAAGAUUAACACAGGUUUAUCACCCUCUGUUAAAGAAACACCUGACAGUGAAAAGCAUCCACCAUGUCCCAGUCAAAGCACAGAGGACCCCUCAGUCAGUAAGACAGGUAUUCUUUCCCGCUCCCUUUCGUCUUCAUCAUCUUCGUUGGACUCUCGUCAUGGGUCAGGUGGCCGACCUCGUCCGUUGCCUAGGCAGCGCCUCCCUGCCAGGCAGCGAAAGGAGAACAUCUCCCCUGGUCCCAGGAUGACACCAUCACCUGCACUCCACUCCUCGUUCCGCUCCUCAGCUCCUCCAGCUGCAGGUUUCAGAAGUAGAACCCCCUCAGGAAGCAGCUCGUUGUAUGACGGCUCUGAGGUGCGACAGGGGGAGAGGGUGCUGGUGGCGGGACAGAGAACCGGUGUUGUUCAGUACUGUGGAAAAACCAGCUUUGCUCCUGGUGUCUGGUUAGGCAUUGAACUGGACAAGCCAAAUGGCAAAAACGACGGCUCAGUGGGAGGCGUGAGAUACUUCAGCUGCCCUCCAAAACAUGGAGUCUUCGCUCCUCCGUCUCGUGUUCAAAGGAUCCACGGUUCCGUCGACUGCCUUUCAGAGCUCACCACAUCACGUCUCAGUCAUCCAGUCAGUGGGACAAUUCGUCGCAGCUUCAGCACAUCAUCAGCCAUCGCCACACCAAAGGAGGGGAACAGGAGGAGCCCGGUUUCCAGAAGUCGCUCUACCCCUCACCGCCGUCGCUGGAGCACCCUGAGUGGCAGCAGUGGAGGACUUCCCGGAAGCAUGGCAGGAUCCAGUCUGUUGUCCUGCUCUGACGGCCAGGUGCGUCUCCAUGUGGGUAUGCAGGUCUUCCUGACCAGCGCCAACGAGAUGGCGUUCAUCCGCUUCUUGGGAACCACAGACUUUGCCCCGGGGCUCUGGUUGGGGCUGGAGCUUCGAAGCCCAAAGGGGAAGAACGACGGGUCUGUGGGCGGUCACCGCUACUUCACAUGUCGGCCCGGCUACGGCGUGCUGGUCCGGCCCAGCCGCGUCACCUACUGCGGCAUCAACGGUUCCCACUUGGUGAACGAGAAAAGCUGAAGACUGUUGAAAACUGGGGGUGGGUUGGAUGCAAAGAUCUUUGAACUUUUUGCAUUUCUAACUUUUUGCAUUCUCUGUGCUGCAGAACUUGGAGCUAAAUUAUGCUUAUUAGUCUUUAGGGUCUAGAGGCAAAAAGCACUUUAUAAAGUUAAAGAUAAAUUUGUUUUUCAUUAACCUCUCUGCACUACUUAAUCUGAUUGCACUGACAAGCCUGGUCAUCAUAGAAUAAGAUUAGAUUGGGUGUUUGCAAAACAUCUUUUAAAACAAAGAGCUAAUUUUGAUCACAUCAGCUGGGAUUUUAUCAAAUAAUUAUGAUUUAAUUAAGGGUGUUUAUGUGUUAAUGUGAGUGCAUGUCAGCACGUUGGAACCAGAGAUUAUGCAACAGGGUCAUAAUGUAUGUGUUGUCAAAGUUAUUAUAAGUUAUUAUGAUUAAAAAUGUUUAUCUUAAUCAGGAUACAGCCACAAUAACAGCAUUUAUUCUACAGACUGUUAUUUUGCUACAGAUAAAUGAUUCUGUUUGGUGUUAGUUUGCAUAUUUAACCUGGUUGGUAAUGAUGUGACUAAAAAUAUCUUUUAUUUGAAAUCUCUGCUAUGUAAUAUGUUUUUAUGCCCUAAUGUGUUGCUGGUAUGGUGGUCAGUCGAGUCGAGCCACUUAAAACCGGAACGUUGACAUUAGAAAAUCCCAUAUAAACAAACGUUCAGCGUCGGUGUCAAAAGAUUUAGAAUAAAUGUAUCUUUCUUAAAGUCCCUGAUGCAGAAAUGCCCAUAAAAUAAAUGUCCACUAGUCUGACCUGAAUGCUUGACUCGACCAAAGUUCAUGGAAACCUUGUUGUUGCAGGGAAUCAUGAAUCCUGUGAAAUAAUUGAGAAAAAUGAGACAAAUGCAACUUUUCAACAAAAUUACUCAUUUUUAGUUAUCUUGCAGAGGCCACAAACUAAAAUGUCCUGGUUCGCCCCAGUUCUUAAGCCCAUUGAAAGGAAAACGACAUCAUAGAUCCUCCAUUUCCACGUGUUCUUUUUUCACACCAUACAUAAAAAUAAAACACACACACACACUUGUACAUUAAAUAUUUAUCCUAGGGAAACAAAAUCAUGGAGUACUAAUUAAAAACUUUUAAGGAUGCUGAUCAACUUUAAAACAAGAUAGAGAUUGUCCUUUUAUGUUAAUGCUUCUUGAACAUCUGCACCGGUGCUGCUGGUGUUCGUUACACAUGGAAAGCUGUGUGUCUCGAGGAUCAGGUCUCUGAAACAAAGUUGGAUAAAGAAAUUCUGUGUGUAAGAUUCCCUCCUGGUGGAAAUCCGUUCCCUUAAUGAAAUUCUGUCUGUGCGCUACAAGGUCGAGUUCGAAUCGGAUCUUCAUCAUUGCAGGGAGGUUUUAGCAAGCAGGCCGCAAGCCCUUCUGCUCAUACAGGGCAAGAGCCCAUUCCUAUCAAAACAAAAGCUCCUUUAGAUGUAACAUGCCUUAUAUGUUUGAUAAUGAAUAAACAUAAUUAAGAAAACAUUUAAGCCCAGAAUAUAUAGGAAAUAGUUAUAAACAUGCAGUAACCACACAUUAUAAGAAGCACAUCUAGGUAAAAGAUAUUGACGUUUCGCUAUAAUCCCAUACAGUCGGUGCAGUUACCAGAGAUAGAAGUGUUAUUGUAGGAAAUAUUAGUUUGUCCAGAACUCGAGUCCAUUUUUCCCAACCCCUAACAAGGCUGCAAAUGUUAAUUUUGACACAAUCAUCCAUUUUUGUAUAAGAAAAAGUAUUUUGUCCACCUUUUGUGAUCUUAACUUUGGUAAUCCAUAUAACAGUCCUGGAGUGAAUAUAUUUUCAUGGUGUAGCAUUUAAUGAGCCAAAAUAAUAUAGUAUGUCUAAUUAAAACCGCUUGGCACUAGAACUACAUAAUCAUCCACAAGUUUCAAGGAUAUAAGCUGAUUAGUGUGUCUGGGCAGCUCUGCGGAGAACUAGCCAUUGAUUGUGCAUGUGGAAAACAAGGCCUCUGUUCAGUAAAACACUCAUGGCCCGUCCAAUUAGAGCAUGCCGGCCACAACGGCAGCAGCAGAAUCUCCAGCGGCCUUCCUUCAUUGAUCUGUUUUGGUCAGGCCCCAGGUGAUUGAAAAGCUAAAGCCAAGGUUGUCUGAAAUGUCUGCAACAGAUGAAUGGUAGGGAAAAAAAAACAAUAACAGUCUUUCUAAAGUUGAAACAUUUCCAUCUACACUCAGAAGAGCUUCUCCUUUAUAUUAAAGCCACCUUUGAUGUAUUCUCAUUUCACAUUUUCCUUGUUCACCUAUAGUUUGUUGGAUGGGAAUUUCUGCACUAAUGAAAAGUCUUCACUGGGUGUGACAGAAGUGGUUCAGUCUUAUGAAUUUACAUGUUAAAACCUUUAAAUAAAAUAAGCCUUUCAUCGUG